CUUACUACAGUACCUGAAGGCAGCAUUGGGUUUUGGGUUACACCUCAAACGCUCGCAAGAUGCUAAAGGAAAAUACGAUAUUUUGGCAUCUAUGUGAAGAACAACACGUCCUUAAAAACUCUGUAUAACAUAGCGGACUCAGAAUGGACGAAGAAGCUAAGAUACGAACCAGAUGUCAGCUUUUGGACUUGCCCUGGGAGGAUGUACUUAUUCCACAUAUUUUAUGCUAUUUGCCACUGCAACACCUUGUCAGCCUGCAGAGGGUGAGCAAGCAGUUCCACAGCCUCAUCCAGGUGUAUCUAACCAACUGCAGGACUUUUGAUCUGACCUCGAUUGGACCAUCCAUUCCCAAGGAGGCGUUUUGCUCCAUGUUAAAGGACAACAAAGUUCUCCAUAGCCUGUCACUUCAGAACUGUUCAGACUGGGUGACAGACAAGGAGCUGCUGCCCGUUAUUGGCCAGAACCAGCAUCUGCAGAGAGUGGACAUGAGCGGGUGUGUUUGUCUCACCCGCCACUCUCUAGUGGCAGUGUCCUUGAGUUGCAUGCACCUCCAGCACCUCGGCCUGGCGCACUGUGAAUGGGUGGACAGCCUGUCCCUGCGCAGCCUGGCUGACCACUGCGGGGGGCUGCAGUCGAUCGACCUAACCGCCUGCCGCCAGCUCAAGGACGACGCCAUCUGCUACCUGGCCAAGAAGUGUUUGAAGUUGAGGUCUCUAUCGUUGGCAGUCAAUGCCAACAUCACUGACGAGUCUGUGGAGGAAGUGGCCAAGAACUGCAGGGGCCUGGAGCAGCUGGACCUGACAGGUUGCCUGCGGGUCAGGAACCAGUCCAUCAGGACUCUUGCAGAGUACUGCCCGAAGCUGCAGUCCCUGAAGGUGAAUCACUGUCACAAUGUGACAGAGUCAAGCCUGGAUCCUCUACGGAAACGUAAUGUAGUGAUAGAUGUUGAGCCGCCCUUGCAGAGGGCUCUGGUACUUCUUCAGGACGUGCUGGGGUUUGCACCCUUUAUCAAUCUCCAGAUAUAGCCAAAGGGCCAUCUGUCUGUCCAACAAGAGCACACAGGUGUCUUCAUCAUCAAAGUGGUCGCUUUAAGCUGCAUCACAAGGACACGUGCGUUGCUCUAAAAAAACGUCAAGACAAUCCGAGAAGACCUGGAUGUUUUGCACUCAAGUUUGAGUGUCAAAAUAAUGUUGAUAAAACCACUCACUGGACUGUGAUCAAUGAUGCAUAUUUAAGAUGAAACUGAAAAAAAAAAGUCUUCAUUUGUGACUGAAGCCAUGUACUUUUAAGAAUUGCUGCCUCAUGUCCAAAAGAUGUCUCUGCACUAUUUGUUGAUCAUUCAGUGUUGUAAUAAUGUGGGUUUAUAGAAAAGCAGUUCUAACCAAAGUACAGUGUAUUUGUUUUGUUGGUUUUUAAACAAAGUACAUAUUAUACUUUGUGUAUAUUACAUUUUAAGAAACUUUUGUCAUACGUUUCAUUUAGAAACAUAAAAAAAAAAAAUGUUUGAGUUUAAUUAAACAUGUCAUUUUGCAUGUACGUGCCUGCCUAAAGGAACAAUUCACCCAAAUCGCACAAAAACAUUUUCUCACUUUGCACCAGCUUUGUCGAGCAAUUUGGUUUUAUUUGUUCAUGUUUUAUUAUUUCCACUACAGCGACUUCUUCUGCCACCACAAUAUAAUAAAGGUUAAUGCAAUUUUGUUUGUGGUGCUGACCAUGUGUCUUCCAGAAACAAUGUCCUGGCUGCUCAGGAUAAUCCACAGACCUCAUUGUCAACAGUUUUAACCGCUUCUCAAUGUAAACUGUUGACUUGUUGCUUACAGUUAUGUUAACCAAAACUGUCCACAUGGCUAGAUGCCACCAGAAAUGAGUGGGAAAAUGUUUUUAUAUAGUUUUUGUGAAGACCCUUUAAUCCAUAUUGUUAAUAAAUGCAUACUUGUAUAGGCUAGUAUUAGUUUGAAAUAAGUAUAGGAAUCACAGAAUCCUUGAAAUGAAUCUUGUUAAAAGUACCUGUGUUUAAAUGCUGUUGCCCUGGUAAUACAGCCUAUGAAUUAUAGUAUAAUAGAAUUAAGAAUUACAUUGUAAAAUACAGUACCAUCAGAAAUAGCUGUCUUUUCCACUGCAUAAAGAGGCACAAAUCUGCUGUGAUGUAAUCAACUGUUAUGUAUAUAAAUACCUCAGGGUAUCCGAAAAUA